CCUCGUCCUCGUUUGGCCCCAUCUCUUAUUCUCUCUCUCUCUCUCGCUCGCCAGCCUUCUUCGCUCCUUCUCUUUGAGCCGCACCAAACCACUGCCGCGAGCCCCACCGGUAGCUAGCCACCAUAAAGUAUACUCCAUAAUUCACCGACUCUUCCCCUUUUAAAAAGCGACACCAACCCACGAAGGGACUUGACUCGAUCCGAAACGCAGAUCUGCAGCCAUGGGCAUCGUGAAGUUCCUCCGCUCCAAGCUGCUGAACAGGCGCCGAGCCGCCGUCCACGUUGAGGGCGGGGAGAGUUGCUCGGGACGGUGCGGCGAUGCGGCGGAGGCAGCAGCCGUGAAGAGGUUGGAGUGGGGAGAGAUCGAGAGGAUCACGAGGCGCUUCUCGGUGGUGGUUGGAGAAGGCGGGUUCAGCACCGUGUACAUGGGGCGUUUGCCCGUCUGCGGGGGAGGCUCCGCCGCUGCCGCGGCCGUCAAAGUCCACUGCGGCGGCGGAGAGCGGCUCAGCCUGGCCUUCAAGCAGGAGCUGGACUUGCUGCUUCGGCUCAAGCACGAGAACAUCGUCAGGAUCCUCGGCUAUUGCGAUGAUGCAGAUCAAGGCGCGCUUAUAUUCGAAUAUGUCUCCGGUGGAACCCUCUAUGAGCGCCUCCACGGCCGCAGCGGCAAUAAGCGCUCGACUCUCCCGUGGAAGAGCCGCGUGAAGAUCGCCUUCCAGCUCGCGCAAGCCAUCGAAUAUCUCCAUGAAAGAUGCAUCGUCCACAUCAUCCAUGGCGACAUCAAAUCCUCCAAUGUUUUACUGGACGGCGACUCCAAUUGCAAACUCUGCGACUUCGGAUCCGCGAAAAUGGGCUUCUCCUCCAUGAUACUGCCACCCUCGUCGUUGCCUUCAUCAUCUCCUUAUGUUAGGAGAAAGAAUAUUAUCAUGGGUUCUCCGGGCUACACCGAUCCGGCAUACUUGAGGACCGGAAUAGCCUCGAAGAAGAACGACAUCUAUAGCUUUGGCGUCUUGGUCCUCGAGCUCGUGACUGGUUUGGAGGCGUUUCGCGCGGACAAGGGACUGGUCUUGGCCUCGAUGGCAGCUCAUAUGGCUAAGGAUGUCGAUCGUAUGGAUGUUAGUGAGGUGACGAACAUGGUGGAUCCGAGAUUGAGAGGCGAUUUCAACGUGGAAGAGGCGAGGGCUCUGAUUGGACUAGCGGGGUUGUGUUUCGACGAGUCGACCCUGGUUAGGCCGACAGCGAGCUGCAUGAUGAAGAUGAUGAAAGAGAAGGUUUCUUCAAUUUCGUUCAUGAACUCGAACUUGAGGCAUAAACUUUCUAAUGAUCUGUAGCCACACAUGGACUAUGUUGGUGUGGAGAUCUACAUGUACAAUGUGUGAAUUUUCUAAUGAUCUGUGGCCAACAUUGAACUAUGUUUAUGUGAA